AUGAAUCGACCGGAACUGGACUACUAUGCGGUGCUCGACCAGCCGAGGAGCGCCACCAAGGAGCAGCUAACGCUGGCCUAUCGCCGCCUGGCCAUCCGCCUGUGCCCGCAUCGCGACAAGAAGGACGAGCAGGACUUUGUGCCGCUGGCCCAGGACGGUCGGCUCACGCACCUCUCGCCGAUGGGCGAACCCCGCCAGUGGGCCUACAUCAACAUGGCCUUCGAUGUGCUGGGCAACGAUCUCUACCGCGCCAUCUACGAUCGGUUUGGCGAGGCGGGUCUCUUCGAGGGCGUGAUGCUGCCGAAUGGCUAUUUUCCGCCCUAUCAAUACGACGGGGAUCACAUGAAGGUCUACGAGCGGGUCUUUGGCAGCUACUCACCCUAUGCCAAUGUGAUCGAUGCCAUUGCCAAUCCGCCCAGCUUGUAUGCCACCCGACAGCAUGGAAUAGGUGUCCGCUUGAAGGAUUCCAGCACGGAGCGAAUCAUCGAGCUUUCGCUGGAGGAGGUGCGCACGGGCUGUGUGAAGCUGAUGAACGUGUGGCGCCAGGAGAUCGUGGACGCCAAGGAGUCGCGGCUGGAGAAGCGCAAGCACACCUUAAAGCUGAACAUUGCGCCGGGAACCACGGCGGGAACCAGGUUCUGUUUCAAGGAGGAGGGCGAUCGCUAUCCGGCCACCAUUCCGGGUGACAUAAUCUUCAUAGCCGCGGAUAAGCCACAUCCGAAUUUCGAGCGGAGGAACCACCACGAUCUGGUCUACAGGCACUGCAUUGACCUUUGCCAGGCCUUCACCGGCUUCACCUUCUUCAUCACCACUCUAGACAGACGCCAGUUGAAGGUGGUCAUCACGGACGUGGUGCAGCCGGGAUAUACGAAGGUGAUUCCCCUGGAGGGUCUGCCCAAGUGCCGCAACCUGGACGCAGUUACGGCUAUCAAGGAGGCCAACAAGAAGGUGGAGCAGUUCGGGGAUCUCAUCAUAGAGUUUAAUUAUAUUUUUCCCAAGUAUUUGACGCCACACAUGAAGCAAAUGACUCGCGAAUUUUUCCGUGAAUUCCGCAAGCUGGAAAUUGAGCUUGAGGAGGAGGAGGAGCGCAACAUGGUUUAACGGGAGUCUCUUUAUUGUUAUUCCUUAAAACACUUGAAAUUCUGCGUACUGCUGAAAUAAAUUUUGCGUUUGAUUCUGAAAUAUUAAUA